UAGACACAAACACAUAGUUGUUGUAAGGACAUUUAGUGGGAAAGACGUUUUGCUUAUUAUAUUAAUGUCAAUGAAUAAAUAAUAAAUAAAAAUGGCUCCAAAAACUACAGAGUACUUAGAAAUAGCUCAUCAAAGAGCAACAGAGAAAAAAACGCACGUCAGUUUUCCGCAGCUGAAAUAUCCUUCUCUCCGUGAUGACGGGUUACGGGACCCCAUACAGUGGCUGUCAGGAAAAGCCAUGGAUGAUGGAGCUGAUGGCAUGUGGAGGAUACACAACGCGAUAUACGACUUUGAAACCUUUAUUGACAGUCAUCCUGGUGGUGCAGAAUGGUUGGAACUUACGAAGGGAACGGAUAUCACAGAAGCAUUUGAGUGUCAUCAUUUGAACCCAGUAGUAGAAAAAAUGCUGGAAAAAUAUUACGUGAAGGAAGCCACAACUCCCAGAAAUUCUCCUUUCACUUUCCAUGAAGAUGGUUUCUACAAGAGCUUAAAAAGAGCAGCGAGAGAAGAAUUAAAGAAAGUUCCUAAGAAUCUACCAAAGUACAGUGACAUGAUUAUAGAUGGACUCUUCUUUGCCUGUUUGGUUACUGCAGCGUUGUCAGUAUGGUCAAAAACAUAUUGGGUUGUUAUGGCAUCGUACCUUGUGUCAUCUUUGACUCUGGCUUGGUCUGUAGUGGCUUCACACAGCUAUAUUCACAAGAAGACGAACUGGAGGAUGUACAUUUUUAACCUUGGAUUAUGGUGCUACAGGGAUUUUCGAGUAUCGCACGCCCUUUCUCACCAUCUUUAUACUAACACCUUGAUGGAUUUGGAGAUAAGUUCAUUUGAACCAUUUGUAUUCUGGAACCCCAGGAGGGACAAGCCUUUCUACGUUUAUUUAUCAUUCUUCAUUGAAUGCCUCUUGUUCCCGUUCACCUUUAUCUUGAAUUUUAUAAAAAGGUGUCUUUUGAACUUCAUUCGGAAAGAUUACUUCAAGAAGCACUACCGCUGGCACGACAGCAUCGGCUUACUCUUACCAGUCUGGAUGUGGGUAGUUAGUGGCUGCACUUUCUAUGAAGCUUUUGUUGGUUGGAUAUGGAUCAACUGUACUGGAAGCUUCAUUUUCAGUCACAUUGGAUCUAACGCUGCUCACCAUCAUCCAAAGAUAUUCAAGGACGGUGAUGAAGUCAGGACUGAGACACCAGAUUGGGGAAUGCACGAGCUAGAAGCAGUCAUGGAUCGCACUGACAUCAAUGGAAAUAUCUUCAAGGUCAUGACCUUCUUUGGAGACCAUGCACUUCACCAUCUGUUCCCUACUUUGGACCACGACGUCCUUCCAUACUUGUACCCUGUGUUCUUGGAACACUGUAAAAAGUUCAAAGCUAAUUUUAGACUGACGUCAUCUUAUGAUCUUUUCAUCGGUCAGCUUAAAAUGACUGUUAAGAAGGAUUUCACGCUUUUGAAUGAAUAAGAUUUGAUUUCUUUAUCACUACUUAAUGAGGUUCUUAAACUAUAAAUAAUAAUAGAUUUAUAGAAUAAGAAAAUGAAUAAGAUAAUUUCAGUAAAAGUAUACUUACAGUACAGUACACUGCCUUAAACUAUUACAUUCGUAACUAGUUAACAUUAUUCUGUAAAUGAGUACUAAAAUCUAUACUAAUAUUAUAAAGCUGAAGAGUUUGUUUGUUUGUUUGUUUACUUGAACGCGC